AUGCAUGGGGGCCGUCCACACAGUUCACCAGCACCGAUGAUAAAUGCACAGUUAAUCCCAGACCGUCACUCAUUCACCACAGCCACUGUACUAGUUUCACUUAAUCCUUGGGCUCGGGCUGCACCGCUCCACUCAAUCACCGUUUUAGUGUUCUUCUUCUUCCCUAAGGUUAGGCUCAAUCCCUACUUCCCCAGAAUGUUCCGCUGGGGUCCGACUUACCUCCCUCAGCCUUUGAAGGUAUCGACAAAGGCCUUCACCUUCUUGUCUCCCAGCAACACAUUACAGGUGAAGUCUGGCCCUUCCUUCAGCAAACGGUAUACCUGUGCCUUUCUCCUUCCCGUAUGUUCUCUCCCUUCCCCCCCGCUUUCUCGACAACCGAGACGUGGGAGUCGGGGCCCUCCUGGGUGGGGUAGAGCUCAGAUGACUCUCUUUUCUCGGACUAGCAACCCAUUUCUCCCCUCUAUUCGAGUUAAGGUUGUUCCGUUCGGUGUGGUCCAUCUUUCUCUUGCGAGGACAGGUUCGUCUCAGGUGACCCGCUCCUCCACACCGCCAACAAAUUCGCUCCUUAUAACUUGCCGAAAAGUGCCCGACCACACCACAUGUCCAGCAUCUCAGAGCUUCAUGCUACCUAUCAGCCUCCUGAAACCCAUCGAUAUUUCGGGGACUCCCACGUCCCCAAGGUCAUCUGUGGCGUCUGAUCCUGCUACGCUCAUCCUAACGUCUUGUCAACUACGACUUUCCUACGAGAAGAGAGACUGA